GUCCUUGUGGGACUCGGAAAGAGCGUAGGUCGACAUUGUGAGUGAUGUGAAUAUCCUUGUUAGUCUGGAUAGAAAGAAGAAGGAGGAGGUGGAGGAGGAGAUAUAAGAGGUUGGGGAGAGAAGGAAGAAAAAAAAGCUGAAUGGUGGGGGGAGGGGCGGCGAGAUCGUCCUGGGUGCCUCAGGCCACGACAUAAGCACGAAAGUUCGACGAUAUCGGAGACUUUGGCCGGAUUGAGUUUGAGGGUCCCUUCCACAAGUGCAGAGAGUUCCGUAUUGGUGUUCUGUAUGAUAAAUUCAAAAGGAAAAGAAGCUCUCUACGCCUGUUCACUCUUUUCGAUGGUCUUUUCGAUGGUCUUUUCGAUGGUCUUUUCGAUGUCUUCCGUCCUCUAGUUUCCACGCCUUUCCCUCCGUGACCCAACAUGCGCAAUAUGAUGACGACGAAUUAGAUGGAUUCAUUUAAAUGACGGAGUGGAUGUGAAACCGUUGAGAUCUCGUAGAUUAAUGCUUUGAUAAAUCCAUUUUGGGUAUUCCUUUCCUUAACGCCAAAAAAAAACAACAAGAGAUUAAAGAGACCAAAAUUCGCUGCUGCCAUCAUGCAAGCGGGUUGUCUAAUGACCGAGCAUGGGUAUUUUUUAAGGGGCCCUCCUCCUGUAGCUUUAGCUCGCUCAGCUAGCUUCAAUUUCAAGACGGCCUUCAUGGUGCUUUUUGGCUCGACUUCCAAAGUCUGAAAUCACGCAACGCAGGCGAGAGAUGCGAUCCUCGAGCUCUGUCAUUUCUUCCUGUUGCUCUUCGACAGACCGGUCCACGUCUGGAAGAGCUUCCACUACCGCCCGCGCUUUUUGUAUCCGAAUUCUGACCGAGCUGGUUGCAGUGGGGAGGUCUUUCACGUCGAGCGGUGGUACGCCAUUGGAAUCGUGCAGAGGGACGUCCGGUAUAGCUUGCGAAGUUGCCGCGUUGUUGUUGUUAUCACCACCAGGCAUGCUCGAAGGCGCUUGCUGAUCUUGUGCUUGGGCGUCCAUCGAAACCCCCGGGGCUCCUGCGGUCUCUCCAUGGACACCACUAGGUCCAGCCUGAGCGGGCUUUGGAGACAGCAAGCGAAGGAGGAUGCCAUGCAAGGGUGGGAUGAUCUCAAAGGUCUGGGGUGGAGGAAAAGGUACUGUGUCUGGGAUAUCGGAGCCGUCCUUCAAAGGGCUGUCGGGCACAGCCGAGGACUUUGGCAGCGGCGUCGCCGCUGUUGGGGAUCUGGAAGCCAUUGCAGAUCUAUCAGUAGGUUGGCGGGGAGGACGUGAAGAACCGAUUGGAAGCCGGCUGGGGUAAAAUGUUUAGGGAAGAGUCGGAACGGGGUGACGUCGGGGGCCAGACAACCAAAAAGCGUCACCGGGAAUCUGCCCCUCCUUCACCGGACAGCCAAUUUUCGUUCCCUUGGACUUCUCCUUCUAACUUUUCUCUCCUUUCCUUAUCGUUUUAGAGGUGUAAAUACGACACAUACACCCCCACAAUGGCUGCGGUCGACCACAAAGUCGCUUUGAUUGUUAUCGAUGGCUGGGGCAUUGCUGGACCCCAGUCGCCUCCCGAGGGCGAUGCCAUCGCUGCUGCCGAGACCCCAUACAUGUCCGGUUUCGCCGAAGCCAACUCCAAGACUGCCCAGGGAUACACGGCGCUUGAUGCUUCGUCGCUCGCCGUCGGCCUUCCCGAGGGUCUUAUGGGUAACAGUGAGGUUGGUCACCUGAACAUUGGCGCCGGUCGUGUCGUCUGGCAGGACAGUGUUCGCAUCGACCAGACCCUCAAGAACGGCGAACUGAACAAGGUGGACAACAUUGUCAAGGCCUUCACCCGCGCCAAGGAAGGUAAUGGCCGCCUGCACCUGUGCGGUUUGGUCUCCGAUGGCGGUGUUCACUCUAACAUCACCCACCUGUUCGGCCUGCUCGAGGUCGCCAAGGAGAUGCAGAUCCCCAAGGUCUUCAUCCACUUCUACGGUGAUGGCCGUGACACCGACCCCAAGAGCGCUGGAAUCUACUUGGAGCAGCUGCUGAACAAGACCAAGGAGCUCGGCGUUGGUGAGAUUGCCACCAUUGUGGGCCGCUACUACAUCAUGGACCGUGAUAAGCGUUGGGAGCGUGUCGAGGUUGGCAUGAAGGGUAUGAUCACUGGCGAGGGCGAGGACAGCUCGGACCCUCUUCAGACCAUCAAGGAGCGCUACGAGAAGGGAGAGACCGAUGAGUUCUUCCAGCCCAUCAUUGUCGGUGGUCAGGAGCGCCGUGUGCAGGAUGACGAUACCCUCUUCUUCUUCAACUACCGUUCUGAUCGUGUUCGUGAGAUUACCCAGCUCUUGGGUGACUACGACCGCUCCCCUCGUCCGGACUUCCCCUACCCCAAGAACAUCUCCAUUACCACCAUGACCCAAUACAAGACCGACUACACCUUCCCCGUUGCCUUCCCUCCUCAGCACAUGGGUAACGUCCUUGCUGAGUGGCUUGGCAAGAAGAACCUCCAGCAGUGCCACGUUGCUGAGACCGAGAAGUACGCCCACGUUACUUUCUUCUUCAACGGUGGUAUCGAGAAGCAGUUCCCUGGUGAGGUCCGCGAUAUGAUUCCUUCGCCCAAGGUUGCCACCUACGAUCUUGACCCCAAGAUGAGCGCCGCUGCCGUCGGUACCAAGAUGGCCGAGCGCAUUGGUGAGAACAAGUUCGACUUUGUCAUGAACAACUUUGCCCCUCCCGACAUGGUUGGCCACACUGGUGUGUACGAGGCUGCCAUUCAGGGUGUUGCGGCUACCGACAAGGCCAUCGGUGAGAUCUACGAGGCUUGCAAGAAGCACAACUACAUUCUUAUGAUCACUGCCGAUCACGGUAACGCCGAGGAGAUGCUUAACGAGAAGGGUACCCCCAAGACCUCUCACACCACCAACUUCGUUCCCUUCGUCAUGGCCAAUGCCCCUGAGGGCUGGAGUCUCGCCAAGGAGGGUGGUGUGCUGGGUGAUGUCGCGCCUACCGUCCUUGCUGCCAUGGGCAUUGAGCAGCCCGCUGAGAUGACCGGCAAGAGCUUGCUCGUCAAGGCGUAAUUGGGGAGUUUUCUUUCUUAUAUACGAGUUUGGCUACGAAAAUGAAUCAAUGAAUGAGAUAUUGAAAUGUUGAUACACUGGGUGCAGGAAAUAGAUGGCCUUAUAACAGGUUUAGCUAGCUUUCAAUAGGAUGAUCAUAAGAUCCGAUUGUUUUAAAUUCGAUUUCUGCGAUCAGCUUCUGGUCUUCACCUUCAAGCUCCAUGGGUAUAUAUCUCUCGGCGAGUUCUGCCACCUCUCAUUUAGCGUAAAGGAGCUCCCUCUCGCAAACCUCCAUAUGCUUCAUCUGAUGCCAAUAUUAAUCCGGCAUCUUGAUCAUCCCCUAUGCUUCAUUGGUCUUUUGCCAGUCUUCUCAAUGGUACCGAAAUUGUUGGCAGCUUAUCAUAUCCAUCGUAUGGGCUUGAUUUGGUUCGCUGGUUGGCUUAACGUCCAAUUCAAGAUAGCAUCUCUGAUUGUAUCGCCCCGACGCUAAGCUUAAGCAGAGACUUGCGCAGCUUGCUGCUGCAUUUGGCUUUGGAACUGCACAAUCUAGACAUAGGACAUUCGUCAGCAUAUUGCUAUGGUGGGAAUGUUGUAAAGGGCCG